UGGUACAUUUUGCAUCUACAGGUUCUUACAUUUAUUAAGAUCUGUGUUUUAACAAUGGAUGAUAUUGAAGAUGUGGAAAGCAGCAGUGAUAGUGAACUUUCAGAUUCAGAAGAUUCAAAUUCCAAAACUAAAGUUUAUCUGCCAGGACAAACCCUAAAAGAAGGAGAGCGUUUGGUUGCAGAUCAGUCUGCUUAUGUAUUGUACCAUCAAGCACAAACAGGGUCGCCUUGUCUAAGUUUUGAUAUACUGAGAGAUGAUUAUGGGGAUUCAAGAGAUGAAUAUCCACUUACUGCAAACAUUGUUGCUGGUACACAAGCACAGUCCGGUAAAUCAAAUCAUGUUAUUGUAAUGAAAAUGUCUAAUUUGAACAAGAAUAACAAAGCUCCUGGGGAUGAGAGUGAUGAGGAUAGUGAUGAUGAGGAGUCAGAGAUAAAACCCAUGUUGGAGACAGCGAUGGUUUUACAUCAUGGAGGAGUGAACAGAAUCAGAUGCACCAAAGUAAAGAACCGGAAUCUUGCAGCAACUUGGUCAGAGAGGGCUUCAGUUCAUAUAUGGGAUCUUACAAGGCUCAUUGGAGCUGUGUCAGAGCCAUCAAGUGCUGCAGGGUUUAUUGCCGAACAAAAGAAACACCCAAUACUGCCUGCAUUCACUUUUGCUGGGCACAUGGAUGAAGGAUUUGCAUUAGAUUGGUCACCUUCAGGAAACGGCCAACUUCUUACUGGUGAUUGCAAAAGUAAUAUUCAUUUGUGGAAACCUCAAGAAGAUGGGACGUGGCAUGUUGAUCAACGGCCAUUUGCCGCUCAUUCAGCUUCAGUGGAAGAAGUACAAUGGUCACCUAAUGAAAAGAGUGUGUUUGCAUCUUGCUCUGUUGAUAAAACUAUCCGAAUCUGGGAUACUCGUGCCAGCCCAUUAAAAGCAUGCAUGUUAACCACAAAAGCACACGACGCAGAUGUCAAUGUUAUGAAUUGGAACAAGAAUGAUCCUUUUAUAGUGUCAGGUGGGGAUGAUGGCGUGAUCAAGGUGUGGGAUCUUCGUCAAUUUAACAAAGGCAAGGCAAUUGCUUCAUUUAAACACCACACGUCUCCUAUAACUUCAGUAGAAUGGCAUCCAACAGACAAAAGUAUUUUUGCUGCCUGCGGCGGAGACGACCAGUUGACGCAGUGGGAUCUUGCAGUUGAAUUAGACGAAAUUUCAAACGAGAAAAAUGACAAUUUAAAAGAUGUUCCGCCACAGUUGUUGUUCAUACAUCAAGGGCAGAAAGACAUUAAAGAACUUCAUUGGCAUCCACAGAUACCUGGACUUAUUAUAAGCACAGCUCUUGAUGGCUUUAAUGUUUUUCGAACAAUAAGUGUCUAAAUAUGACAUAGAAAUUUUAUAAUUAUCUAUAUAUGACACAGAAUUCUUUUACACCUACCGAGUAAAAAACUGAAUUAGUUUCCUGCCAUCCCAAAAGUUACUAAAGGAGUCUCCCGAGUCUGUGCUGUAAAAUUUAUUUUACCGUCAUAUUUACCCUGAAUAAAUUUUAAUAAUAUCAA